GACCCUCCGCUGGUGCUUUUCCGGGGGGCUCGCGCGGCCUGCCGUUGUCAUGGAGCCCGAUCCCAAAGGCGGCUACGUGCUGAGCAGCCUCGCCGAGGUGGUGGAGCGGAUCCUCGGCUUCCUGCCCACCAAGGCGCUCCUGCGGGCGGCCUGUGUGUGCCAGCUGUGGCGGGAGUGUUCCCGCAGAAUCCUGCGAACGCAGCAGAGCAUCACCUGGGUCUCUGCCCUGGAACCAGGCCCAUCCAAUACCCAUGUCCUGGUCCACGUGUUAGCUGAAGACAUUGAGAAAGUUCAAGUCCUCCCUCAGACAGUGUUGUAUAUAAUAGCAGACGCAGAGACGUUCAGUGAAAACAGAGAGUUUUGCGUCUAUGGUCUGAAGAAAGCACGGCGAAGAUACAGUAAAGAAAUCGCCGCUGCCCUGGAAAACCUGCUGCCCACGCGAUGCCAGGUGCUUGGACUUGUGACACCUGGAGUUGUAGUUACUCCCCAAGGCUCUGGCAGCCACCGUCCCUUAGAGGUCGAAGAGGGAGAGGCCGGCUUCGCCCUGCUCUUCCCCAAAAUCGAUGGGGUGAAGAUUCAGACCUUCCAUUUUUUUAAAGACCCGAAGAGGCAAACCAUCAAUGAAGAAGAGUUUGCUGAAGCAGGCCUUAAGAACAACCCCGAUCUCAGAGCCGUGCUUCUCUUUGGCUACAACACCUGGAAGUCGGGAUCGACACGGUUUCUCCGCCAAAUUGUCAAUCGCUUGAACGAAAAAAGCAUCAUCUUAGCGGGCGGAUAUGUAGAGAGCAUCACAUCCCUGACUUCAGAGAACCACAACCAGCCUGCCGAGUCGUGUGGCGUGGUGGGCCUGGCUUUCAGUGGUCCCCAGAUCCGGUGCGCCUCCGUCCUGCUGGAUCAAGACGUCACGGACGAAAAGUCGGCCGAAGCAGCCAUGCAGCGCCUCAAGGCGGCCCACCUUCCCGAGCACCACAGCCUGGCCUUCAUGUUCGCCUGCGUGGGCCGGGGGUGCCGGUUUUACAAAAGCAAGCCCAACCUGGAAGCAGACGCUUUCCGAAAAUACUUCCCAAACGUGCCCCUGUUUGGCUUUUUCGGACACGGGGAGAUCGGGUGCGACCGGAUCGUGACAGGGAAUUUUGUCCUCCGGGAAUGCAACGAGACGAAGGAUGACCUCCUGCACGGUUACACCACGGUGGUGACGCUCCUGCAUCUCGGUUCGGCUAAAGCCAAUCAAGCUUAAAAU